UUUUUGCGCUGCAGAAGGACUGAGAUAUAAACCAGACUGUGGAAGCUGAUAUAUGACAGGAGAGGAGUCUCUGUUGUCUAUGGACUAAACUUUCGCUAUUGCUAAGUGAGAAAGCAAGGAGAACCUUUUGGCCACUAUGGAUGAUGACUUUGACCGCCGCAUGGAGCUGAGGAGGCAAAGGAGAGAGCAGAUGCGCCUUGAAGCCGAAAAGACAGGUAACACCAAUGAUGAUGAUGAGGAAGAGGCUCGGGAGCGAAGGAGACGCGCAAGGGAGGAGAGAAAGAAGAUGAAAGACUCAGAGGAAUCUGGUACGACUGAGGUGAUCGAUACUAACAGCGUGACAGAGACGGAGUCCUCCACGGCCGGAAACGAAGGGGCAGAUGAUGACCAAGCUUUGCUGGAGCGCCUCGCCAGAAGGGAGGAACGCAGGCAAAAGAGAAUGAAGGACGCCAUGGAGAGACAGAAGGAGCUCGAUCCCACUAUUGGCACCACCAAUGGCACAGACGUCACAUUGGAAGAGCAGACUUCCAUCAGCAGCAGCAGGCAACAAAAUACAGAGGAGGAGGAGGAGAAGAAGGAGGAGGAAUCUGCCCAGGAGGAGGUGACAAGUACUGAUACUAACUCUUGGAGGAAAGAGGAAGAAGACACAAAGGAGGAUAGGAAGGAAUCUGUUGAAGAAUCAAGAACACAAACAACAGGAAAUGAGGAAGAGACUGAGGAGAAGGCUGCAGCAACAGAGGUGGACACUGAGGAGCCAGGUUUAGAAAAGAAAGAUGCUGAAGAUGAGCCUGUGCCUGGUGUUGACAAUGAAGAAGAAGAAGAAAAAAAGAGGCAAGAAGAAGAAGAAAGGCAUCAAAAAGAUAUGGAAGAAAAGCAGAGGAUAGAGGAGGAAGAGAGACAAAAAAGGGAAAUGGAGGAAAAACUCAAGAAGGAGGAGGAAGAAAAGAUGCUAAGGGAGGAGGAGGAAAGGAGAAAGAAGGAAGAAGAGGAAAAACAACAGAAGGAAACUGAGGAGAGGCUUAAACAAGAGGAAGAGGAAAAACAAAAACAAGAGAUGGAGGAACAAAUGAAAAAAGAAGAGGAGGAAAGACAGAAAAGAGAGCUGGAAGAGAGACAAAAGAAAGAAGAGGAAGAGAAGCAGAAAACAGAGGUGGAAGAGAGACUGAGAAAGGAGGAAGAGGAAACACAAAGAAAGGAGCUGGAGGAAAAGGAGAAGAAAGAGGAGGAGGAAAGGCAAAAAAAGGAGCUGGAGGAAAAGAAGAAGAAACAGGAAGAGGAAAAACUGAAAAGGGAGAUGGAAGAAAAGAAAAAGAAAGCAGAAGAGGAAAAACGAAAGAAGGAAAUGGAAGAGAAGAAGAAAAAGGAGGAAGAGGAGAAACAAAGGAAGAAAGAAGAGGAGGAGAGACGAAAAAGGGAAGUGGAAGAGAAGAAGAAAGUAGAGGAGGAAAAAAGGAAAAAGGAGGCUGAAGAGAAGAAGAAAAAAGAGGAAGAGGAUAAGCGCAAAAAGAGAGAGAUGGAAGAGAAGAAGAAGAAAGAGGAGGAGGAGAAGCCGAAGAGAUUUGGGUUUAAGGAGAAGAUUGAGCCAACCAAACAGAAUGGAGCUGUCAUUGAAAGUAAAUUAAAGAAAACGGAAAAGACAUCAAGGGACAAUCCGCCCUCCACUAAAGCAGAAGACCUGGAGCGACAGGAGGCUGAGCGAAAACUGCAAGAGCUGAAGCGCCGACGAAACAAUGCGGAAAGUGAGGAGUUUGAGAAGAUGAAGCAGAAGCAGCAGGGUGCCGAGGCAGAGCUGGAGGAGCUGAAGAGGAAGAGAGAGGAGAGGAAGAAGAUCCUGGAGGAAGAGGAGAGGCAAAGGAAACAGGCGCUAGAGGAAAAGAAAGCCAAAGAGCAGGAGGAGAGAAAGAGGAUGAAGGAGGAAAUAGAGAAAAGGAGGGCGGAGGCUGCAGAGAAGAAGAAACAGAUGGAGGAGGGGUCUACAAAACCCACCUUUGCUAUCAGUCCCAAAGGCUCCUCUAAGAUUGGGGAGAAGGCAGAAUUCCUCAGUAAAUCAGCCCAGAAAAGCACCACAGCCAGAGUGUCACACACUCCUAUUGUCUCCAAGAUUGGCAACAGAAUGGAACAAUACACUUCUGCCAUCCAGGGAAACAAAGAUGUAAAAUCUCCCAAGUCUCCAGUGGCAGAUAUUCCUACGGGGGGAACACGCAGCAUCAAAAGUAUGUGGGAGAAAGGUAACGUGGGCAGCACCUCUGAAAGUCCCUCUCCUGCAAACAAGGAUGUGGCCGGUAUCAAAGGAAGUGUGACCGGACGUAUCAACAGUUGGACGGGAAAGCCGGCAGAAGGCGAGAAGACAGUGGCGCCAGCACCUGCAGCAGCAGCACCGGCACCAGCGCCAUCAGCAGCUGCAAAGCCAGCACCAUCAGCAGCAGCAAAGCCCGCAGAUGUGAAACCAGCUGAUGGGGGUAACAAGCGUGGCAUGUGGGAAGCAAAGAAGGGCUCUACGCCUGGAAAGGUGGCUGUGGGAGGCAAGUUUUCUCGUUAAUGCAGGAGUGAGACCCUAACCAUUGACAUCCCAGUUACACCUGUUCAAACUCACACUUCUGCUGCUCUGCAUUCACACCUGCUCCCCUUCAGCACGCCCGUAUUUUGCAUGAGGUUCACAUCACAAUGAGGGAAAAGGGAAUGACAUAAUGGGAUUCCUGUGUCAAAGUCUUCCAGCUCUAGCUUUACAGUAUCAGUACCUUUGCACUGCCACCUAUUUUGAUUUAGCCAUGCUUCGAGAGUUUCAUCAAAAAUGAAAAGAUGAUGGCUUGACUUGAUAUGUGGCUAUAAGAAAUUUUAAAGAAUAUUACACUUUCUAACUGUUUUUACAUGGUUAAUACUCAGUAGUAAACUAAAACUGUCCAUUAGCUGUUGUUGUCACUAUUUUUCAUUCAAGCAUUCUGCAAGUCGGUUAUUUUGCUUUCAGCUCUCAUUAGCAGGUCUAUAAUUCAUAUGGUGCAUUUGGGCUUUGACAUUAUGUCAUAUAGCUUAUACCCAGUAAUUAGUAUUCUUGCUUUAUAGUGAUACAUGCACACUGCUUUUUGUGACGAAAGUCAUGGUUUUGAUUCCAUAGAAAGUAUACUGUACUCCACAGCUGGAUAUUGGAUGAAAAGCUUGUAUAUAAUUUACUUGUUUUGUAGGUUUUAGUUUCUACUAAGGCAUCCAUCAUAAAGGGUUUCUG